UGAAGCUGAAAAGGAUCCACUCUGAAGCAGGGUCUGUGACGAGCCAUCAUGGUCCGCCUCACCAUAGAUCUGAUUGCCAAAUCCAGCAACCAUUUCAAAAACAAGAGAAGCUACUCCCUCCCAAAGUACCUCAAGAAACUCACUCACCUGAACUUCUCCAACAAGAACAUAGAGGAUAUUGUAAGUACGAGAUCACAAGACAUACUACAGUUACCCAAAUUAAUAUAGGCUAGCUAUGUUCUGUUUCUGUGCUUCUCUCUUUUAGCUUCUAAUGGUAAAGAUAUCUUCUUUGUUUGUUGCAGGAUGAUCUCUCCAUGUGCAGAAACCUCACAGUCCUCUACCUGUACGACAAUCAGAUCAGCCAGAUCUGCAACCUGGGCUUUGCCUCCAACCUCACUCACCUGUACAUGCAGAACAACAACAUCACUCACAUAGAUAACCUCUCCAGCCUGCAGAAGCUCUCCAAACUGUGAGUAGGAGCUUGUCCAGUUUAAAUGGAUACUUUAGGAUUUUGGCAUUGAAGACUGUAAUCUACUUCCCCGGAGAUAGAUGAACUCAAUGAUACCAUUUUUAUGUCUCUGCGUGCAGUUUGAAGGAAGUUGCUAACUAGCGUUAGUGCAAUUUCUAACUAGUGUUAGCACAAUGACUGGAAGUCUAUGGCAACAGCUAGCAUGCUAGCUGUUCCUGUAGACUUCCAGUUACUGUGCUAACGCUACUUAGCAUUGGCUCGUGAAAAUAACUCUAACUUCCUUCAUACUGGACAAAGAGAUAAAAUCCACGAGUUCAUCUAUCUCUGGGGAAGUAGAUAAAGGGCUUCAUUGUCAAAAUCCCAAAGUAUCCCUUUAAAUGUAUGAUGUCUGUGGUAAAGCUUUGGAGAUCCAUUAAACUGUCUAUGACUGUCUGUAUGCAUGUGUCCAUGUUUCUCCAUUCGUCCGUGUUUUUGUCUUGGCGUGCAUGCGUGUGUAUCUCUUACGUUUGUGUGUGUGUGUGUGUGUGUCUCUCUCUCUGUGCCAUAUCAGGUACCUGGGGGGAAACAGCAUCACAGUGGUGGAGGGGUUAGAGAAGCUGGGGGAUCUGAAGGAGCUCCACCUGGAGGGCCAGAGACUGCCCAGUGGAGAGAAGCUGCUCUUUGACCCCAGGACUCUCCUCUCCCUCGCUGUAAGACACACUAAAGCUUACCGUAUGCUUCCCAGUCUAAACAUUUUGCACAUAUAUUAUGAAUACAUUUUGUGAUGUUUUUGUUCAUUUUGGUGUUCAGCAGCAUUUGGCAGUUUUUUUUCCGGCUGUUCGAGCACACAACAUUUUUUCUUGAGGCAAGCCGAAGUUCGGUAGCCGAAGUCUACGCCCCUUCGUCGGUGAUUGGGCAACAGUAGGGAUUCUUCAAUGACAUGUUUGUUGUCAUUCAACGAGAGAUUACUAGUUUUCAUGCACACUUUUUCACUUGAGAAAUACUGCACCGAACAUCUUAGAUGAAAAUUUGCGCGACUAAGAACUCAUCGCCAAAAACGUCAAAAUGAAUUACAGAUUCAUUGAUUUAUCUUAGAUUAAUAAUGACUAUUUUGAGGAAGUGUAACUGUAUGUUGUUGAAAAAACGAAGGAAGGGAAGCGCUGCUAAGGUACGCAAUAGUAGAUUUUGGUAGACAGAAGGUGCUCUUUGGUAAAAGGGGUAACUGUAUGUUGUUACUAGGCUAUCUUUAGAGGGACAAAAAGUAAUAUUGGCACUUUUUUCUUGUUUUUCAAGCAAAUGUUUUUUUAAGGGAGUAUGCGAGGCACAGACGUUCGCUUCGCCUAGCCGAGUUCUGCUAGGAGCAAACCCAACCUAGUAUGCGGACGCCUUAACACACCAACCACAUCACCAACCACAUCCUAUAGUAAAGGAGAUUGUUUCAGCUCAUUUCACACCACAAUUGACAACUGAAAUGCUAGUUAUGCACCAAGAUUCCACCAUCAAUCUCCCGUUGGCUCUGUAUCGGUAACGUCAUCAUUUCCACCCUCUUGAGCAAUAAGACCAUAUAUGUUCACGACCUGCAUUAUGUGCUUGUCUGGCAAAGGUCUCUCAGAUUUCCAUAAGGCCAAUGGUCCCUGUAAAAAGCGGUAUUGUACUGGGUUUGAUGAUGUCAAAGAGAGCUCUGUGGCACUUUCUGGUCUCACAGAUCAACCAGGGCUGUUUACUCCUCAGGCCCUGGGUAAACAAACUGCAAAUCUCACAUUCUUGUUUAUUUUGAUAAUUAAAGAAAUUGCAGUGCAAAUGUAAGAGCGCCAGCUUUUUAUCAAUGGCUCUAGUUAAAGGAACUGAAACUAAGACCAAUAUCACAUUUCAACAGCAGUAUUUAAUAGAACCAUUAUAGAACCAAAGCAAUCUGUUGAACCAUUUUACAGACGUAAUCAAGGGACAUUAAGAUAUACUGGUUGUAAAUAUUAUUCAAGUCGUUUUUCAAAUGUUUCACUUAUCUUUGCAGGAAUCUCUAGGUGUCUUGAAUAUCAAUAAGAACAACCUAGAUGAUGUCAGAGAUCUUGCCAUUCUAAAGAAACUCACACAUUUCUUUGCUGCAGACAACCAGCUACAGGACAUGCAGGUAUGAGCUCCUACGUUUCCUCAUGAAAGCACUGCUACUGAUGGAGUUAGCUAAUACCAGUCACCACUUACUCUACUCUUAACCUAUGUGACAAAAGUGUAAACUGUGAGCGUAUCGUGCGAUCGAAAAAGAACCCACACCACAUCACAGAAACGGUGUGUGCCGCAGUGUAUUCAAAUCAACACGCUGACUAUAAGCAGAUCAGGGUAACAUGAACAGUGAUGUGUGAAAUGAUAUGGAGAGCAGGGUGCUAAAGAACCAAAUCCUGCAAAUCCCGCCAGAGGUUCACAGUCUCUGCGACUCGCACAGGGUCAGAAUUAUUCAACAAAUCAGCAGCCUAGUCCCCCAGGACCGCCUUCGCUGACAGCUUUAAACAAGCGCAAGUUUCUCUCCUUCCUUAGGAGGAUGAUUUUUUCUCUUUCUCUGUGAGUACAGCAUUUGAUACCUCCUUCCCAGCAGCACCACUGAACUUGAUGGGAGAUUCAUUUGAAGCAGAGAUAUGGUUUCUGCUCGCUGUGUUGACCUUGAAAAACGACAUGCUGUGUGUUCCUGUGACUCCACUUCUGAGGAAAAUACUUUUUUUCUCUCUCUUUAUGGAUCUGAAAGGCUAGAUGGUUGAAUUCUUUUAAAAAGGAUGUCUCUUCAUCCACGCUAUAAUGUGACUUUGGGACACAGCAUUGAAAGCACACCGUUAGCAUGGGUAACAUUGGCACUCAACACAAUGCCAUUCCACUGAGCAGAGCAGCCCUCUGCAGGUAAUGGUACAUGAAUCAGAGGGAGCUCUCAUAUUCUCAUAUUUAGUGGAUAUCUCCUUUAAUUUAUACAACCCCUCUGCCAUUAUUGAUCCUGCAAAGACAGCACCAUGAAGGAUCAAUCCCGCCUUCAACCCAGUGGGGGCAGAAUCCAGAGGAAGCAUUAUAGAUUUUAAAAAUAUAUUAUGACAGGCAGUCAGCCAGGGUGACAAAUGGGCUGGUAUCUACCGAGGCCGUUCACACGGCACGGGGCAGAGAGGACCAGAGAGGAUGGACAUAACUGGCCCAUCAUUAAGUCCAGUGAGGAACCAGGGCCCAGCAGCUUAGCCCCGCGCAGUGCUCAUCCAGUCCGGGUCUCGGAGCCCCCGCAGGGGAUGCAAUUUGGCGCUGAGCUGCUCCUCGCCGAGGCCCUUGUGAGUGACGGCCCUGACACGAUCAUUUAUCAAAGCCUGGGAGUGUGCUGCGCCGAAGGGGUCCCCUCUGAACUGAUUGCAGUGCAGGCUGGAAAAGUGGAAGCGCUUUGGCCGAGACAGGAAAGCAAUGAACAAUCAGAGCGCGUCCAGAGAGUAUACAUAUUUCCAGGCUUGGAUUAAUGUGCCUUUAGAUAAACAUACACUGCAGGACAGGCAACACGCUGGAAGAGCCCGUGGAAGGCGCCCGCAGGGAAAACUUGUUAGUCACACAACACCAUUGUUUAAUUGUUGUUGUUGUUUUAAACAGCUGAUGUGUUGUUUACACCUUUUCCCUUGGAUUUUGCUCUUGGCAGUGCUACCUUUGAAUUAUGUGUUGUUGUUUUUUUAGCUUAUAGUAUGAUUUUCCCACCGGAGAGUGGUUUGUUGAUUACAUUAAUUAUAUGACAUCCUAUACAUUGUUGAAAGUACAGUCCGUAGACGCAUUAUAAAUUGAUACUAUAGAGUGCUCCAUUUUCACUUCCUCAAAGGUUAAAGUGCCAUUUUGUUUCCCACACUUUGUCUUGUAAAUACUGUACAGAGCCUCUGCAAUAUAGUGUCCGACACCUUUACAUUUGGAAGUACAGUAUGUUCAGCAUAAGUAUCUCCGUAUUUUUCUUGUAUUCUAUUUAGGAUUUAGAGUUGGUGUUCAGCCAAUGGCCUCAGCUGCAUCGAAUGGAUUUGAGUGGGAAUCCUGUGUGCCACAAACCCAAGUACAGAGAUAGGCUGAUAACUGUGUGCAAAAGACUGAGUGAGAAAAUUGUUUUGUACCCCUACCUAAUGAUCAUAGGAAUUGUAUUAUGCAUUUUACAUUAUAUGAUGUUUCAAUAACUAAUGCCUUUGACCUAAUUCUCUACAAUUACAGAAAAUAUUUCAGCUCUAUAACACACAGGAUUUAAUUUAAUUGUAGACUAUGAUAAUAUUGUUUUUGUAGACGAACUUGAUGGGAAGGAAAUUAAUGAGUUGUCCAGGCAGUUCCUGAUUAACUGGAAAGCGUCGAAAGACGCCAAGAAAAAACUGAAGGAUGAAAGAAUUAUGACCGGCCAGAUCACCUAUCCCUUUACUGGUAAGAUAAUGUACUGUUAUAUCUUUUUACAUCAUUCUGCUAGAGAAAUAUACAAAUAUCAAAUAAAUAUUUUAAAAGAGACACUCACUUUGCACUUAUGAAACAUGCAUAUCCCAUGUUACAGCCUCACACACUUUGCUCCAAGGUCAACCACGCUCUCCCUACUUUGGUCCUGCUGUGUGUAUGUCCGAAGUAUCGUUAGAACUGUGACAUCGUGUAUGUAUGACUCGCUUUGUAUGACUCGCUUUGUUUGUGUUGCAGCAGACUUCCACAUGGGCCCCCAUCCUUCAUCCAACUAUAACUACGCCACCGUCCUGGGAAAGAGGAAUCCUCCGGAGUGUGGGAGACCCAGCAGGAAGGUCCGCUCAGAACACUCACAACUGGACAGUGCAGCAAUGAGGUGCCGUAACAAUCUAUAGUCCUAUCACCCAUAUGAAACAUUCAUUCCACGCACUUUUAGAAAAAAAGACUUGCUGGACGUUGCAUAUUUAUUAAAAGGGGAAAAAGUACAGUAGGUGGAAUUGGGGGAAAAGUGGUCAGUGCAGCAGGAAAGGUUUUCAGAUCAAGAUAUCGUCAGUGCCUGUCACCAGUACAAUCAAUACCAAAAAAAUGUAUUUGGUAAUGUAUUGUUACAGACAGUCUUAAUACAUCAAUAUGGGACACAGAAUUGUGGAAACAUUCAGUGUUUUUAGACUUUUCGAUAUGACAGAUUUAGAAUACAGUGGCUCUUCCCACCCAUGUCUGAUAAUUGAUUAAUUUAUUCUUUAAUUCAGACAAAAAUUUGAGGCAAAUGUAUAUUGUAUCUCAGUUUGAAUAAGAAAUGUGUAUUUAGUUGGAAUAAGUGAUUUUAACAUCAACACGUUUCACUUAACUGCUUGUUUCCUUCCAUUUUGAUAUACAUGCUUGACGAUUGGCCUGCUAUUUGUCAAAUGCUCUUCUUUCUUUUCAUGCAAAUAAACAGUUUCCUUCCCUGCUGUCGGCCUGGUGUUGACCAUCAGUACAAUAUGAACAGUUCAUACAGGGCUUUCUCUUUAAUAGCCAAUAUACAUACACUACCAUUCAAAAGUUUGGGGUCACUUAGAAAUUGACUUGUUUUCGAAAGAAAAUCAUUUUUUUGUCCAUUAAAAUAACAUCAAAUUGAUCAGAAACAUUGUUAAUGUUGUAAAUGGCUAUUGUAGCUGGAAACUGCUGAUUUUUUAUGGAAUAUCUACAUAGGCGUACAGAGGCCCAUUAUCAGCAACCAUCAGUCCUGUGUUCCAAUGGCACAUUGUGUUUGCUAAUCUAAGUUUAUCAUUUUAAAAGGCUAAUUGAUCAUUAGAAAACCCUUUUUUUUCCCACGGGGGCCAGUAUGAAAAAUGUAUGCACUCACUAAUUGGAAGUCGCUCUGGAUAAGAGCGUUUGCUAAAUUACUAAACUGUCAACUGUAAACUUUUGCAAUUAUGUUAGCACAGCUGAAAACUGUUGUGCUGAUUAAAGAAGCAAUAAAACUGGCCUCCUUGAGACUAGUUGAGUAUCUGGAGCAUCAGCAAUUGUGGGUUUGAUUACAGGAUCAAAAUGGCCAGAAAACAAAGAACUUGCAAAGAAAAAGCCAUAUCUCAGACUGGCCAAUAAAAAUAAAAGAUUAAGAUGGGCAGUCUGAGAUAUGUCUUUUUCUUUGCAACUCUGCCUAGAAGGUCAGCAUCCCGGAGUCGCCUCUUCACUGUUGACGUUGAGACUGGUGUUUUGUGGGUACUAUUUAAUGAAGCUGCCAGUUGAAGACCUGUGAGGUGCCUGUUUCUCAAACUAGACACUAAUGUAUUUGUCCUCUUGCUCAGUUGUGCACCGGGGCCUCCCACUCCUCUUUCUAUUCUGGUUAGAGACCGUUUGCGCUGUUCUGUGAAGGGAGUAGUACACAGCGUUGUACGAGAUCUUCAGUUUCUUGGCAAUUUCUUGCAUGGAAUAGCCUUCAUUUCUCAGAACAAGAAUAGACUGAUGAGUUUCAGAAGAAAGUUAUUUGUUUCUGGCCAUUUUGAGCCUGUAAUCGAACCCACAAUUGCUGAUGCUCCAGAUACUCAAUUAGUCUCAAGAAGGCCCGUUUUAUUGCUUCUUUAAUCAGCACAACAGUUUUCAGCUGUGCUAACAUAAUUGCAAAAAGGUUUUCUAAUGAUCAAUUACCCUUCUAAAAUGAUAAACUUGGAUUAGCAAACACAACGUGCCAUUGGAACACAGGACUGAUGGUUGCUGAUAAUGGGCUGUACGCCUAUGUACUGUAGAUAUUCCAUUAAAAAUCAGCCGUUUCCAGCUACAAUAGCCAUUUACAACAUUAACGAUGUCUACACUGUAUGUCUGAUCAAUUUGAUGUUAUUUUAAUGGACAAUAAAAUUGCUUUUCUUUCGAAAACAAGUAAAUUUCUAAGUGACCCCAAACUUUUGAAUGGUAGUGUAAAUUGCUUUAUACUUUUUCAUACCACAUCCCACUCAAAUAUGAAAUAUAUAUAUAUAUAAGAGGCUGAUGAUCACUUACUGGUCAGCUCUCUCUCUGUUCUCCCAGGCCACGGAAUGUGAAGAUCCCAGUGAGUGCGGGGCUGCUUAGUGAUGUGGCCGACUCUGCUAAAGUCUGCGGCCUGUGAGACGGACAUGCCAGCUCUGCUAACACACACUCUGAUGACGCUCUCAUUGCAGAGCCACUAACACACACAUACAUACACUCUGGUGACCCUCUCACCACUGACCCUUACCUUACACAUAACACAUAUUCAGUGCUUGACUUGGGCAGGAGCUCACUGGAGCUGAGUACCAGCAUCUAAAAUGUUUUACUGCUUGAGCUCCUGCACCUCUUAUAGAAUAUUAACUAGAAAGUAUUGUGGAACUCCUGCAACUAAAUAUAAACAGUACCGGCACCCAAAAUGGGUACCGGCACCUAUUCCAGUCCAAGUCAAGCACUGCACAUAACCUACCACUGCUGUGACCACACAUCAGGAGCGGACCUGAAGCCUGACACGCUCAAUACGAAAGAGUCUACACUAUGGUCUGUCACUGUCAGGGACUGAUGGACUGCAGUAGAGGCACUUUAUGGUCAUAAUAUAUGUACUUAACUACCUGCACUCUUUGGAGUCUUGUUAAAAUGUUAUGACAGAACAAUAGCUGCCCUAUAAAAGCAAUGUCGGAUAUUAUAUCAAUGUUUUUUUUUUUUACUUUGCCUGUUUGAUGUUUGUUUUGUGUACCUGAGUGGACUUGAUAGGAAUUUUAAGAUACCUGGAUUUUAGAGUGUACGAUCUGAUGUGUUUAUUUAUGAAAACCCCUGAAUGCCAAAGAAUGGUGUUUGGGUGUGUCCAUGCUGGGAAGUCUCCAUUUCACAAAUGGCUUUAUUGGAUUUUACAAAUAUCAUUUUCACCAAUUUGGGAAGUUAUAUCCCAGAACUCUAUGUCAAAUAAGUCCACACCAUAAAUCCAAUCUGAGUUUGUGUUUUAUACAAAUGAAAUUACAGUAUAACCACUAUCUGUGUCCUUGAUAGUCUAGUUUGUCAUUUUUUCCUGCUGUAUUAAUGACAUGUUUUGUGGGACACCAACCGUGCAUUAUGAUGUCAGAUAUGCACUUAAUUGCGCACCAUUGUCAGAAAAUAUUAUUGUAUAAUAAAUGGUGAACGUUUUAAUUGGAACAGGAGCCUUCUUUUUUUUUUAAACAAAAUAGUAAUUCCAGAGCAUCAUAUAAUUUGACAAAAAAGCUUGAUAGCCUAAUGUCACUCCUUGCAGUCACUCCCUCAUAAUGUGGAAAUAAUACUCGAUGAGAGAGGAGUAAAAUUGCUUUGGUUGUCGUAUUAUCCCCUGUCUAAAUUCCCUCCGAGCGUCUGGAUGGGUUUUUAAAGGCAUGUAGGAGUAUAACCCCUGAAAGAUGUGCGGUAAUUAGGGAACGAAGCUUACUUAACCCUCUUUGCUUUGCCUCAUAAUUAGUGGCCCGGAGCAAUACUGUUACUCCAUCCUUACAAAAACAAUUUUUAUCAAGAACAGUCUGAGGAUAUGCAUGUUAUGAAUAAUUCCAUUCAUUAAUUUGCCGACAUCUCCGUUUUCGAACCCUGGAAAUCAGAGUGAUUAAUUUAUGAGUCUCGCAAGUAUUUCCUCAUACAUGCCUGUUGAUUGCACUGUUUAGAUUUUAUUUAUUAGCUGUUUAUUGGAAAUUAGACUAUUUUGUGACCUGCAACUCAAGGCACCCUGGCAAUUAGGCAAUUUUGCAUAUCACCUUACCCCUAGUCAUCUUGUCAUCAUGGUCUGUUGCAACCAUUGGGGUCUGCAACAAGUAUUAGCACCAAAAUAUUAGGGACUGUUUAUUUGGGCAGGUACCUGAUAUAGCCCUCUUGUAGCCUUGUGGAAAGUAAUGACAGAGAGAGCACUUGGGUAGGAAGGCAGGUAGGCUAAGGCAUAUAAUCAGUUCACGACCCAUAUCAUGUUAAUAACACAGAUGUCCCCUCUUUAUUGAUGUGACCAAAUGCUAUGACAAAAAUACAUGGUUUGCUCAGUUAUGGUUUUGGAAGAAGUACCGUCCCCCAAAAGUUUGCUAGAAAAAAAAUACAGCCUCUGGCGUUGAAAAGAGGUCUCUCCCCUUCGACAGAAACAAGUUGCGCAAGGGAAAAGAGCAGUAAGUUUCUCCCACUGCCAGGGAGUCUUAAGGGCUUGUGAUUAAUUACUCUGGAGUGAAAAAGUUGUCAGCUCUUUGUGUAUGCAAUAAAGUAUGCAAUAAAUUAGAGGCUCCUGAGACGUAUACGCAUACACUCAGGUGAGCGCUCAGUACGUGGACAUACCCACUGCGCACCUUCUUCCACGACCGCGCCUCUUUAUAAAGAUUAUCUGGACUUGGAGCGGCACGACUACUUUUCUCCAUCUCGUAUUGGAGCAGCAGUGGAGUCUGUGGUGCUCUAUAGAUUCUCUUCGCAUUGCCUUGAUGUCGUUACUCAAGACGAAGCUUUUGGGGAAAUUUGAAGGUAAGCUCUCCAUAUUUUCAUAGACGACAUGGCUUGGAAUAACUUCAAAGUAAUAUUAUUUUGUUUCAAAGGUUGUUUGAAUUUCUUGAUAACAACAUCAUCAUCAAGCAUAUUAAGUUACGCUGUGAAAGUAGGCCAAUGAUGGAACAUGCACAAUAAUUGGUAACGAUUUACAUUAGUUUGCGUCACACCAAAUAAUGAUGAAAUUGCCACAGAUACAGUAAUAGUGCUAUUUAUGAUAUUAUUCACAUUCUUAUGUCAAAUUGAACUUGGGAAAGCAGCCUUCUAAGGUUAAGGUUAGUACACGUUGGCCUCGAUAUGAUAAUUUUUCUGUUUUAUUGCAAUAAUGAAGGAACAAUUGAAUGCGAUUAUACAAAUUCAUCACAAUAAUUUUGUAAUGUUGUUAUGCCAUGUUGAUAGUGAAAAUGUAGCCUAAUGAAUGCUUUAUAUGUGUAAUGUAAAUUGACCAAUAGGCCUAAUUGGAUACAGAAUUCGUUUCAAUACACAUUUUCCAUUCAUCUUUUUCAAAACACAUUAAUUUUCAAUGGAAUGUUUAGCCAUACACAAGUUCAAAGUGCACACACAUUUCAAGGCAAGGAUGAGGAUUUAAUAUGCCUUUAUUUAUUUUCAGCAACUGACGUGGCCUGUUACAAAUCUAAUGCAUUUACGCACACUAAUCUACUGGUUAAUAGACCUACAUGAACGUUUACUUUUUCUGUAGGCUAAUCUAAGGUUUAUUCAAAAAAAUUAAAUAGAGAUAACUUGUUUUCUUUCAAUCUUGGUGUUUUCAGUUUGUUUAAGAAUUAGACAACUGAAAAUGUACAUUAAUCAAGAAGACAUAUGUUACCCGUCAGGUUUAUAAGUGCUUCCUAUGGUUGGAAGACAGACCAUCCGCAUGGAUAGUGGAAAUGGCCCAGUGACAGUUAUGGAUGAGAGUCCCACAUCCAGCCCCAGCUCUAGUCCUGACAUGCUGACCACCGACAGUCGGCGUCCGGAGGCCCUGCAGCGCUCCAGGGUGGUCCAGGCCGGUGGGCUCGGUGGCAGAGGACGGCCGGCAGCAUCCAAUGCAGCGCGGGAGAGGAGUCGAGUUCAGACCCUGAGAAGCGCGUUCCUGGAGCUACAGCGGACUCUGCCGUCGGUGCCACCGGACACCAAACUGUCCAAGCUGGACGUGUUGAUUUUGGCCACCACGUACAUUGCCCACCUGACUCAGACCUUGCAAGAGGAGGGGAUGGAUGAGGGAGAUAGCACUAGAAAAACAGAGGCCUUACACUCGCUGAAAGGGGACGGUUACCUGCACCCUGUGAAAGUAAGUACACCCGUACAAUACAUUUAGACUUUUAAUUGAUUUCGAAAUGACAUUUGAAACUAACCUGACAAAGUGUUUGUGUGUGUGAUAAUUGUGUUGUGGUGCGAUAAUGUAAAAAUAGUAGGCUAAUAAUAACAACAAUAAUAGUAAUAAUUUACAUUAAAUUAACAUUAAAAUCGAGCAUAUGAAAUAACUCUGGCCUAAGGCCUAAGUGAUGAUACCCUAAUCAUGAAAAUGAAAUUGUCAAUCAUGCAGGCAUAAAAUGCAUUUAUUCAUUUUAUAUCACACAGAUCUUUAACACGAAUAGGAUUCAUCAUAUGCUUAAUUAAUAAUACAAUUAUAUAGGGAGGAAUUGUUAUUAUUGGUUAUUGAAAGCAUCAAUUUGCACCAUAAAUUGUGUUCAAUUAAAUAUUUAAAAUAAUAUCUUACAUAAUUUCUCUAUUCUAUUUUCAGGUGCAUUGAAAUUAGUUAACUGCACUCCCUAAAGGAUUUGUUCUUUCUUUUUUUUAUCUCAACAGAAGUGGCCGAUGCGAUCCAGGUUAUACGUCGGCGCCAGCGGUCAGUUUCUGAACAAUUCAAAACAGACAGAAAAUCGAGGUGCAUCAUCGUCGACCUCACAGACAUAAAUCCAUCCAUUGCAUAAUUGACUUCUCAUUCAGACGACCAGUAAUUAUGAAGACUUUCUACUAAAUCCACCCAUGAGGACUUUUGAAAUGAAUAGCAGACCAUGGUUCGUCAUCUGACAUUAUACAUUUUAUUUAUCAAACAAUUGAAGUAUCUGCUUUUGACGUUUCAUAUCAUAUAAAGGACAGUCAACUCUUUCAAUGGUAGGAACACAUUGUAAAUUAAUAUAUUAUGUGAUUAUGUAUAUAACAUUUGAGAAAGCCUAAAAAAAGCCUAGUGUUUCUCUGUUGUUAUUUUGGCCAUGCUCUGCUCUGUUUUCUGCAGUUCUGUACUUGUUGGAGGUAUUACCGUGUACACUUUUUGAAAAAUUUAAAUUCCAUGUGUUGGGUAAUGAGCUUUCAGGCUUGACUUGUUGGCUAUGCACUUUCAGUUAAAACAUUUGCACUAAAUGCAUGUGUGAAUAACUUAACAUCUGUCAUGUGAAGUGGUCUGUCAGAAUCUCAACAAUGGUAAGAGCCUCUUCAUCUCCUCUUCUUUCUUACGCGAAUGGUUGUGAAUGUGUUUUUGUUGGUAAUGGCUUGAGAAAUAAAAAGAAGAAGUAGGUUGUAAAUACGUUUACUGAGAUGUAUUAGUUCUACGUAAAUAAACAUGUUCUCUCAUUGAAGACAAGCUUUAUCUUUUAACAAUCAAGAGGGAUUCCAUUUUAUUAUUUGCCUAAAAAGGAAUUAUGAGUUGACAUUCUUUGGAAAUAUGAUUUUUUUUGGCAUGCAUAUGCUGACUCAAAUAAAUAUAUUACACUGAACAAAAAUAUAAACGCAACAUGUAAAGUGUUGGUCCCAUGUUUCAUGAGCUGAAUUUUAAAAAUCCCAGAAAUUUUCCAUACACACAAAAAGCUUAUUUCUCGCAAGUUUUGUGCACAAAUUUGUUUACAUCCCUGUUAGUGAGCAUUUCUCCUUUGCAAAGAUAAUCCAUCCACCUGACGUGUGGCAUAUCAAGAAGCUGAUUAAACAGCAUGAUCAUUACACAGGUACACCUUGUGCUGGGGACAAUAAAAGGCCACUUUAAAAUGUGCAGUUUUGUCACACAACACAAUGCCACAGAUGUCUCAAGUUUUGAGGGAGCUUGCAAUUGGCAUGCUGACUGCAGGAAUGUCCACCAGAGCUGUUGCCAGAUAAUUGAAUGUCAAUUUCUCUACCAUAAGCUGCCUCCAACGUAUUUCUGUCUGUAAUAAAGCCCUUUUGUGUGGAAAAACGAAUUCUGAUUGGCUGGGCAUGGCUCCCCAGUAGGUGGGCGUGGCUGCCAAGUGGGUGGGCCUAUGCCCUCCCAAGGCCCAUCUAUGGCUGCACCCCUGCCUAGUCAUGUGAAAUCCAUAGAUUAGGGCCUAAUGAGUUUAUUUCAAUUGACUUUGAAAUUGUUGCUUGUUGCGUUUAUAUUUUUGUUCAGUGUAGUUAAAUAUACUUGACAUAAUAGUCUGUCAUAGAAGGCUUCUUGAUAAUCAUGCUUUGCUGGAUUGUAUUAGGCCUGUUAUGUAUUUUACACAAAUGCACAAUUCUGCAACCAAAACACACUCCUCCUUAAAAAAAAUGUAAUGACCAUAGUUAUGCAAGGCACAUACAUGGCAUGUAUAUUUAUAGGCCCUAAGCCUAUUCAUAAUACAACAUAAUAUUAGUGUGUUUAAUAGUGUGACUUUAGGCCACUUUUGAGAUCGAAUUGACAGAGAUCAACUUAGAAAGUACACUUUUAUGUCUUCAGACACCGUUACACUGCUGAAAUGUGCAAAUUGGAGACUUAGCCUAAUAAUUCAAAAGAAAAACUAAGAAAAACUAGGUGUCUCUCAUGAUGAAACUGUGUGUAGUCAGAGAGACAGAGGCUCAACGAUAGGUUUUACUCUACCUAAAUCUGUUCACGAAGUAAGGCAUUUCUGUGUGGAGGUCAAUGAGUGUCAAAUUUAGUCAACAAAACAUUUAAUUGGUAAUUUGCUACGUGAUAAUUAUUUGAUGAACAGAAGUUUGGUAAUGGUGAAUGCACGGAUAUAAGUCGAUGCAGGUAUUGGAGUUUUGUCUGUUGUCUUAGAGAUAGAUUGAGGACUCAUCAUGGAUAUAACCAGUUUUAGCAUGGACAUUGUCAUUGAGGGCUUCCCUCAUUUUAAAGUAGUCAACUGGGUGGGGAUUGCUAUGAGUUGGGAGUAAUCAGCCAAUGAAGAAGAAGAAAAUUGACUACUUUAAAAUGGAUAUAGCGUAAAUGGCGCUGCCCAUGCUGUCACAGACGUUAUAAUGGCACAGAUACAAAGAUGAGUCCUCUCCUUCUCCUGUUGAUCACACGCAUAUCUGCCCUUUCAUUGGCCUCCUCUCGCCUGCCUUCCAUCUUUGAGGACAUUUAUUGCAAUUGUUAGACUGGUCACUUCACUAUCUUGUCACUAUAAUAGACAAUCAUCCUUGGGACGUCCCUACCGUAACCCUAACUUUAACUCCUACCCAUACCCUAAGCUUAACCCUUACCUAACCCUAAACCCGUUCAACUUCAAUGGGGAAACGUCAGAGACGGGACGUCCCAAGGAUCCGUGCCUGUGUGAUGAGUUCAAACUGCGCAUGUCAAUAAAGACAAAGAGGAAGUCCUUUUUUCUCUCUCUCUCUCUCUCUUUGGAAGAAGAACGGAGGAGGACGCAUGGAGCCUGCAUGCGCUCUCACCAAGAUUACUUAUAUGAGAAAUUACUUGUUGAAUUCCCCGUUUAUUCAACAGGUAGGUGGCUAAUAACAUUUGCUAGUUGGCUUUAUUCAAGAAUAAUGCAAAUCGGUGUUUUAGAUAGCUAGUGUUUGAAGUUCGUUUUUUUAAACUUAUUUUUAUACGCUGGCUAAGAGCCCUGUUAGCUAGCUAGCUAGAACUUCAAUGCAAUGUUACCGGCGUAGAGAAUCAGGUUUUUCCAGCCCUAAAAAUUGAUUCGAAAUAACUGUUUUAUGUUAAGCAUACACUUGUAUUUCUGAUGGUUUGUAGCGGCUAGCUAAGCAAACAGUUUACAUGUUUCUGCCUGGCUCACGGUGCUCGAGGGCCACGAACCCAUGGCGUACCACUAACCACGUGCGCAUUGACCGACUGGUAAUGUAUGAAUAUUGUCUGUCGAAGGGGUGUAACUCGUUAUUGUACUUUUAUUAAGAAUCAUCAUCUAGUACUCAUAGCUAGGUAUUUAACCACUGAUCUUCCCACGUUUAUGCUUAAAAUUGGUGCAGACGGCUAACGUUAAUGUCGGUGCAUGUGGGCUGGUGGUAGUCAAAUAAUUAUUUAUGGCUAAUUUACCGAAGUUAACGUUUUACAGUUUUGGAUCCUAUUCGGUCAUGUGAAUAGACUGGCACCGUAACGUCACAUGGUCAAAGAAAGUAAUGACUCGACAAACGAUGUAGGCUAUUUGGGCUUAAACGUCCACACAGUAUUGUAAUAAGUCAUACUGGCAGCUGCUUGGCCCAGAUCGGAUGAUAAAUGGUCCCUUUGGCAUUUCGGCACCAAUAGUUUAGUAACGUUACUGUCCACAGACUCUGACCAGGGCUAACGGGUUAGAAGGCCGCGGUGGUCUGGGAAUUGUCUUCGCAUUGACUUGAUUGGGGAAUAGCGACUAUGGCUCUCUCCAAAGGAGUAAAGGUCUUGGUAAAAGUCGUGACCCUGCUGUUGAACCUUCCUAGCAGAGGCUGUAGUGUGCUUGCACUGGGCUGGGUUCCCAAGCUGUUACAUGUGCCCCCUGACCCGAAGUUCAUCACUCAUUGA